AUGUCUAAUGUUCGUCAUGCCAGCUGUAUUGAUGGGGAAGUGUGCCCGUCCUCAGACUGGAACGUGACGUGGUACACCCCGCACCCUGACCUGACCCAGUGUUUCCAGCACACUGUGCUGGUGUGGUUUCCCUGCUUUUACUUGUGGCUGUGUGCGCCCUUUUACUUCUUGUUCCUCAGAUUCCAGGAUCAUGGUCGCAUAUCCCUAUCCAGCCUCUGCUGCGCCAAGAUGGUGCUGGGGAUGUGUCUGGCAUCCUUUGGCUUCCUGGAGGUCUUCUACCUGCUGGCUCAGAGGAGCUCAGAGCUGGAUCAGCACAUGGUGUUCCUCCUCAGCCCCAUCAUCCGUGGCCUCACCAUGGUGUUGGCGGUUACUAUUAUACAGGUGGAGCGGUUGAAAGGCUGUCGCUCGUCCAUCUUUCUCUUCCUGUUCUGGACCAUGGCAGUGGUGUGCUGCAUCAUCCCCCUCAGGGCCAACAUCCAGACCAUCAUGGACGAGGGAUUCUCAUCUGAUGCCAUGCGCUUCGUGGCUUUCUUCGUCUAUUUUUCCCUGCAACUGGCCCAGAUGAUCCUGAGCUGUUUUGCUGACAGGCGCCCACGGACCAACAAGCCCAUUUUUGUCAAGAAUCCCUGCCCUGAAGAGGACGCCUCGUUCUUGUCACGAAUACUGUUCUGGUGGUACUGUGGGCUGGUCGUCAAGGGCUACCGCUCGCCAUUGAAAGCCGAGGACCUGUGGUCACUCCGGGAGAGGGACACGUCAGACACGAUCAUCGCCGAUCUGGAGAAAGAGUGGGCAAAGCAGUGUGCCAAGCUCCAACAAGAGGAGAGGUCUCUGAACGCCGCCCGGGCCCUGGGCUACAAACUCACCGAGCAGACGCAGCUCCUCAGAAAGCUCCGGAAGGAACAGAGCUCGGGCUUCUGCCUGCUGCGCAUGCUGGCUCGGAACUUUGGGCCGUGCUUCCUGUCCGGAACUCUCUGCCUGGUUAUCCAUGACGCCUUCAUGUUCUCCAUUCCACAGGUCCUGAGCCUGCUCCUGGGGUUUGUGAGGGAUGAAAACUCACCCUUGUGGAAGGGCUACCUCUUCGCCUUCCUCAUGUUCCUGCUGUCCUGCAUGCAGUCCCUCUUCAACCACCAGUACAUGUACACGUGCUUCACCGUCGGCAUGAGGGUGAAGACAGCCGUCAUGGGCCUCGUCUACAGAAAGUGUCUGGUCAUCAACAGUGCCUCUCGCAGGACAUGCACAGUGGGAGAGAUCGUGAACCUGGUGUCAGCCGACACACAGAAGCUCAUGGACUUCGUGGUGUACUUCAAUGCAGUUUGGGUGGCUCCCAUUGAGAUUGCAUUAUGCCUUUUCUUUCUAUGGCAGCGCCUGGGGCCAUCUGCUUUGGCUGGCAUUGCCACGGUGAUCCUCAUCUUCCCUCUUAACGGCUUCAUUGCCAAAAUGCGGAGCAAAUUACAGGAGGUUCAGAUGAAGUACAUGGACAGCCGCAUCAAGCUGAUGAACGAGAUCCUGAGCGGGAUAAAGAUCCUGAAGUUCUACGCCUGGGAAAAGGCCUUUCUCGAGCGUGUGAUUGGCUACAGAGAGCCCGAGCUCAAGGCUUUGAGGAAAUCUCAGAUCCUGUACUCCAUCUCCUUCGCCUCAUUCAACGCCUCCUCCUUCCUGAUCGCCUUUGCCAUGUUUGGAGUGUAUGUGCUGAUUGAUGAGAAGAAUGUUCUGGAUGCACAAAAGGUCUUCGUUUCCAUGGCGCUGAUUAACAUUCUGAAGACCCCCUUAAGCCAGCUGCCUUUUGCAAUAAGCACCAUCAUGCAGGCGGUUGUGUCACUGAAACGGUUGGGGAAAUUUCUCUGUCAGGACGAGCUGAAACCAGACAGUGUAGAGAAAGCUGCCUUCAGUCCUGAUGGUGACGGCGUGGUCAUUGAGAAUGGCACAUUCAGCUGGUCCAAGGACGCCCCGCCGUGCCUCAGGAGGAUAAAUGUGCGGGUGCCGCGUGGCUCGCUGGUGGCAGUGGUAGGUCACGUGGGUAGCGGAAAGUCAUCCUUGCUGUCGGCCAUGCUGGGCGAGACAGAGAGGAGGAGCGGCCAAGUCACUGUUAAGGGCUCAGUGGCCUACGUGCCCCAGCAAGCCUGGAUCCAGAACGCCACCCUGCGAGACAACAUCAUAUUCGGCCAGGAGAAGAAGGACAUGUGGUACCAUAGAGUGGUGGAGGCCUGCGCCCUCAUACCCGACCUGGAGAUCCUACCUGCUAGAGAUGCCACUGAGAUUGGAGAGAAGGGUUUGAACCUGUCAGGAGGACAGAAGCAGAGAGUCAGCCUGGCCCGUGCCGUCUACAGGAGGGCUGAUGUCUACCUGCUCGACGACCCCCUGUCUGCUGUGGACGCCCAUGUGGGCCAGCACAUCUUUGAAAGAGUCAUCGGCCCCAGAGGAGUUCUGAAGAACAAGACACGUGUGCUGGUGACCCAUGGCCUGAGUUUCCUGCCUCAGGUUGACCUGAUCCUGGUGAUGGUGGACGGCGAGAUCACCGAGGCCGGCUCCUACACGGAGCUCAUCGCACGGAAGGGCGCCUUUGCCGACUUCAUCAAAGCCUUUGCUAUAAGUGAACGCAGAGAGAGCAGCACAAGUAAAGGCACCAGGAAAUCAGUGUCACGUCUCAGCAUGACGGAUUUUUCAAUCGACCUGUCUCAAGAGCAGCUCAUCAGUGGAGACAUGGGGAGUGCCAGCAUCCAGACCAUGGAGGCCUUCUCAGACAGUGAGCAGGAGCAGGAGCAACAGGAGCUGGGAAAAUUGACAGAGGCUGACAAGGCUCACACUGGCAGGGUGAAGCUGGAGAUGUACAUGGAGUAUUUCAAGACUGUCGGACUGGCCUUCACCCUGCCCAUCAUCUUCCUCUAUGCCUUCCAGCAAGCAGCCUCUCUGGGCUACAACUACUGGCUCAGUGUAUGGGCUGACUCUCCCAUCAUCAACGGCACACAGCACGACACUGACCUGAAACUCGGUGUAUUCGGGACACUGGGAUUAGCGCAAGGAAUAGCCAUUUUUGGGACCACAGUAGCCAUCUCUCUGGGAGGAAUCAUCGCAUCCCGCCACCUGCACUUGGACCUGCUGAACAACGUGCUGCGCUCUACCAUGUCCUUCUUCGAGCGCACGCCGAGCGGCAACCUCCUGAACCGCUUCUCCAAGGAGAUUGAUUCCAUCGACUGCAUGAUUCCAGAUGGGCUGCGGAUGAUGCUGGGCUACGUCUUCAAACUGCUGGAAGUCUGCAUCAUUGUGCUGGUGGCCACUCCAUUUGCAGGCGUGGUCCUGCUUCCCCUAACUCUGUUUUAUGUUUUCAUACAGAGCUUCUACGUGGCCACCUCCUGCCAGCUUCGCCGGCUGGAGUCAGUGAGUCGCUCGCCCAUCUACACUCACUUCAACGAGACAGUGCAGGGAGCCAGCGUGGUACGAGCCUUUGGCGAGCAGCGCAGGUUUAUCCUACAGGCCAACAGCCGCGUGGACCAGAAUCAGACCUCCUACUUCCCCAGAUUCGUGGCCACCAGGUGGCUGGCGGUGAAUCUGGAGUUCCUUGGCAACCUGCUCGUCCUUGCGGCGGCCAUUCUGUCGGUAUGGGGAAGAGCCACCCUGAGUCCCGGUACUGUGGGGUUGGCUGUGUCCCACUCCCUCCAGGUCACUGGAAUUCUGAGUUGGAUUGUGCGCUCUUGGACAGAUGUGGAAAACAACAUCGUAUCAGUCGAGAGAGUGAAAGAAUACGCAGAGACACCAAAAGAGGCUCCCUGGGAGGUGGAGAGCAGUUCUGUGCCUGCUGACUGGCCAAGAACUGGCACCAUUGAGUUCCGGGAAUAUGGCCUGCAGUACCGCAAAGGUCUGGACUGGGCUCUCAAGGAGAUCACUCUUCUCAUCAAAGAAAGAGAAAAGGUUGGAAUAGUUGGAAGAACAGGAGCAGGAAAAUCUUCCCUUACCCAAGGAAUUUUCCGUAUUCUUGAGGCAGCCAAAGGGGAGAUCUACAUCGAUGGCAUCAACAUUGCAGAGAUAGGCCUUCACCAGCUGAGGUCUCGCAUCACCAUCAUACCACAGGACCCGGUGCUGUUCUCUGGCACGCUCCGCAUGAACCUGGACCCGCUUGAUGGAUACUCUGAUGAGGAGGUGUGGAGAUCUCUGGAACUCGCCCAUCUGAAGAACUUUGUCUCUGGUCUGCCAGACAAACUCCAGCAUGAGUGCUCAGAAGGUGGAGAGAACCUUAGUUUGGGCCAGCGGCAGCUGGUCUGCCUGGCUCGCGCUCUCCUCCGCAAGACCAAGAUCCUGGUCCUGGAUGAGGCCACGGCUGCUGUAGACAUGGAGACGGACAACCUGAUCCAGUCCACCAUCCGCACCCAGUUUGAGGACUGCACCGUCCUGACCAUCGCCCACAGGCUCAACACCAUCAUGGACUACACCAGGAUUAUCGUGAUGGAGCGAGGAACCGUGGUGGAAAUGGACUCCCCAUCCAACCUCAUCAGCCAGCGCGGGCAGUUCUACAGGAUGUGCCGCGAGGCGGGGCUGGUGUGAGGGGCCUCCAGCGGUGGGGGGGCGCGAAUCUACUGCAGGGACCAGUUCUUUCCUGCCUCCGGAUGGCCAGCAUGGCCAGUGCACGUCAUUCCAAACACAAACAUACAGAUGACUUCAACAAAGACAGACGAAACAAACAAACACCAAACAAAAAAACAUCACAAUAGGCUUUCCAGUAAUAUCCAGCUGGACAACCAAAGGGGCCCCAAGCACCGGUGGCCUUUGACCUCUACUGUUUCAUCAGGACUGGUGUUGAGGUCACAGGUAUGACCCUCUGAAGCUAGACAAAGGUGGCGCCUCAAUCUCUUCCCCUUGACCUCCGACGGGCUUGUGAUCUCCAUGAGCGCAGGGACCACAGGGACCACAGGGGGGCGCCGUGGAAUUAAUGUGGCAGGGACCAGGAGCGCCCUGGGGGUGCUGAGAAGAUAAAGUGUUCAUCAGGGACAGCAUAAUCUGAAGUCAUUUUAUAAUGUGAAAAAAAAACAAGACUAUUUCUGUAGUAUUUGUUCGCUAAGCUUUAAACGUUGAUUCAAACUGACCUUUCGGGUCAGCAUUUUUGCGUGCAAGCAUGUUAGAGAAAAGGGAGUCUUUACUAGUAACUGAAAUAUAUUGACAUUUAGUAAAUCCAUUAAAAGAAAAUAAUCAUUGCGCUGGAAUUUCAAAACCACAGACACUACACAGACAAUAGAAAAGGUACCUCUCAAGGGUUGGUCAGGUGCUAACAACCUCACGAUCAGCUUUGCCUUCUGAUCCUCUCAAGGGUUGGUAA